CUGGGGUCUGGGGGCACUGCUCAGCGGUGCUGGGCUGGCGCGGCUUGAGCCGCUGCCGCACUGACAGCUCUGCCUGCGGACCAUGGAGACCGGCGCCGGUCUACACCCGCGGCGCCUGGUCGUAAGCCUGAUGCCGCUCUGUCUCGCGCUGCUUUUGGGACCCGGGCGGCCCGGGACCGCCGAGGAAGUCAUCCUCUUGGAUUCCAAAGCCUCCCAGGCUGAGCUGGGCUGGAUUGCACUGCCGAGUAAUGGGUGGGAGGAGAUCAGCGGCGUGGACGAACACGACCGUCCCAUCCGCACAUACCAAGUGUGCAAUGUUCUGGAGCCCAACCAGGACAACUGGUUGCAGACUGGCUGGAUCAGCCGUGGCCGCGGGCAGCGCAUCUUCGUGGAGCUGCAGUUCACGCUGCGCGACUGCAGCAGCAUCCCCGGCGCCGCGGGCACCUGCAAGGAGACCUUCAAUGUCUACUACCUGGAAACCGAGGCCGACUUGGGCCGUGGGCGUCCCCACCUAGGCGGCAACCUGCCUCGCAAAAUUGACACGAUCGCGGCGGACGAGAGCUUCACUCAGGGCGACCUGGGCGAGCGCAAGAUGAAACUAAACACAGAGGUGCGAGAGAUCGGCCCGCUCAGCCGGCGGGGUUUCCACCUGGCCUUCCAGGAUGUGGGCGCGUGCGUGGCGCUGGUCUCUGUGCGCGUCUACUACAAGCAGUGCCGUGCCACUGUGCGGGGCCUGGCGGCGUUCCCAGCCACCGCGGCCGAGAGUGCCUUCUCUACACUGGUGGAAGUGGCCGGAACGUGCGUGGCGCACUCGGAAGGGGAGCCCGGUAGCCCCCCGCGCAUGCACUGCGGCGCCGACGGUGAGUGGCUGGUGCCCGUGGGCCGCUGCAGCUGCAGCGCGGGAUUCCAGGAGCGUGGCGACAUCUGCGAAGGUAUCCAGAGUACUGGGGGGUGCAGGCUGGGAGUAUAGCGCCCACGUGGCAAUUGGAAGAGUGUGCCGGAAAUGAAAGAAGCAGGAGGGGGAGUGGAGAAGCUGCUUCCAGUGGGUUCAAUUAGUAGGUGAAUUUCGCUCCACAUAAAGGGGCAUUAGAGACCUCUAUCUCAGGCACUAUGACAAGCACCUCACACAGGUCUUCUCACCUAUUUUCGCGUUGAUAAAAUACGUCAUCCGGGCUGGCUGGGUAGCUCACUUAGUUA